AUUUCACUGUUCUGCACGGGACUGUUUAGGGUUCACGCUGAUGAGGAGUAUUGCACUUAUUGUGUUCAUGCUAUCCUGUUCCUAAAAUCGAGUUGUGGUUAAUGAGGACCAAAUCUUGCUGUUUUUGUCGGUCUCUUCUUCGGUCUUUUGCCCAAUUGCGUGGGAAGCCGGACAGCAUUCUAUCAUGUUUGCUUGAGCAGAUCUUUUGUAUGUGUAGAGGGUUCAGGGUUUAUCCUUGAGUGUGACGUUGUAGAUGCUGGAUGAGGAUGACGCAGUUUCCAAAAUGACAGUAAGAUGACUGGAAUCUUCAGUUUUUACACGCUUGUCUUCCACCAGAGUCUCGUCUCAAAAUUCAACGAAGGGUAAAGGGUCCAUUAUUUGAUGACAUGUACUAAUGCGGGGCCUAGUGCAUGAGAAAUUGAACAUUUGGAGCUGGAAGUGGAAUUGAAGCUCAGCGAGGACUGUCGCAGAGGUCAGGGUAUUGCAAUGGACGAUGUUAGCAGUAGCACUGGUGAGACUGGAGGGUUCACAAAACCUCGACCGGGAGUCGAGCAGAAGCCAACAGCUCAUCUUUUCGUAGCGAAUUGUGGACCGGCAGUAGGGUUGUCGUUUGACGUUAUCAAGAAAAGUUUUUCCUCUUUUGGUCCCGUAGCAGCAGUUCACCCAGCAGGGGACUCAGGAACUCGUGUGGUCGUCUCAUUCGAAAAGGUUGAGGAUGCUGUGGCUGCAAAGAAUGCAUGGAAUGGACAUAAGUGUGAUGCUCUCCAGGGCCGCAUUAUGUUUAUGCAGUUCUCGGUUUUCCAGCCACCCUCUCUGGUUGAAGAUCAUCAUCCUGUUAUGACCUCAUCUGCCGAGUGUGGAAUUCCUGGUCUUCAGCUCUAUCCCGACUUCGUCUCAGAGGAUGAGGAAAAGCGGCUUCUGGCGGCAGUAGAUCAAUUGCCAUGGCAGGUUCUUGCCAAGAGGAGAGUACAGCAUUUUGGGUACGAGUUUUUGUACAAGUCAAGAAACGUGGAUCUCUCUCAGAGAUUAGGAGUCUUGCCACCUUUUGUGGAUGCAGUGGUGGAAAGGCUUUCUGCACUACCAGAAUUGACCAGCUCGGAGGAGCGGUCUCUCCCUUUGGACCAGUUAACUGUUAAUGAAUACCCAAGAGGUAUCGGGCUCUCUCCUCAUAUAGAUACUCAUUCGGCUUUCGAGGGCUCCAUAAUGUCAUUGUCUUUGGCUGGACCUUGUGCAAUGGAGUUUAGAAGGUAUAUGAACGCCUCAAAAGAAGAAUCUGGAAAUCUCACCGAAGAUGAUGAUAGAGGUUCAGACAACGUACCGGGGAAGAGUCAAAUGGAACGGAGAGCUCUGCUUCUUCCUGCACGGUCUCUUGUUGUACUAUCUGACGAGGCUCGAUAUGUUUGGCAUCAUUACAUUCCUCAUCAUAAGAUCGAUUACGUUAAUGGGGAGAUCAUUGAGAGAGGCUCUAGGAGAGUUUCCUUCACUUUUCGCAAGGUGCGGCACGGUCCUUGUCACUGCAAGUUUGUGCAAGAUUGUGAUUCUCAGGUUUCAGGCAUACCAAGCUCCCCAUUUCUGUCGACCGCAGAAAGUGAAGAAUGCUUGAAUUCAGAUGAGCUGGGUGGAGAUGCGGGCCUAGACAUUUCUGAUGAGAGCAGCAAGGUCAACUAUCAAAAUAGGGGAAAACGUACAUCCCGUUCAGAAAGUAGAAGAUCCUUUAGCACGGAUCAGACCAUUGGUGACGUGGGAGAUGCACAGGAGACGAGAGAGUUACAACAGAAGAAUCUGAAUGAACAGUCGUUUAGACAUUUCUCUCAUCCUACUCCCGACAUAGAGAAGCAGUAUGUUCACAAGGUCUAUGAUGCUAUUGCUCCACAUUUUAGCUCAACUAGGUUUGCAAAGUGGCCCAAGGUGGCAGCUUUUCUCGAUUCUCUCGCUCCUGGCUCCAUAAUUGCUGACUCUGGAUGCGGCAAUGGGAAGUACUUGGGUUUGAAUCCAAAAUGCUACUUCAUCGGUUGCGACAUUAGUCCUCCUCUUGUUGCCAUUUGUAGCCAAAGGGGUCAUGAGGCCCUUGUCGCAGAUGCCUUACAUCUACCUUAUAGGUCAAAUUUUUAUGAUGCAGCUAUCUCGAUUGCAGUGCUACAUCAUCUUAGUAGUGAUCAGCGGAGGAUUCGGGCACUCGAGGAGCUCGUGAGGGUAGUCCGCCCGGGAGGCAAAGUUUUGAUUACUGUUUGGGCAGUUGAACAGGAGGAUAGUCGUCUGGUGAAAAAGUGGACACCACUAGAAGGCAAGUACACAGAGGAAUGGGUUGCUGAUGAGGAUGUUAAAUCACAUCUGAAGAAGAGCCCCUCGUCAUCAUCAUUGAACAUUAUACAAGAAGGAGAUGGAUGCGAGGCUACCAUAUGUAGCGAUGAUGUAUCUACACUCGACAUAGUAGAGAGAGAUGAAGCUAGUCGUGUGGACAGUUCGACCUCGCUUUCGAGUAUAGAGGAACAGCAAAGCAUCCAAACUGCAGGCAAAGUACAAGAUCCGCAACAAGAGUAUUUUGUACCUUGGCAUUUGCCAUACCACCGAGCGGAAGUAAACGGCGCAUCAGUAGCUGCUGUAGCUAGCGGUUUUGCCAGGAAAGAUGAUAAGAAGGGAGCUGUGGUUUACGAUCGUUAUUAUCACGUUUUUGCUGAAGGAGAGCUUGAAAGAUUAACAUCCAAAGUGAAAGGAGCAGUGAUCGUCGAUCAGUUUUAUGAUAAAUCGAAUUGGUGUGUUAUUCUCCAAAAAGCAUGACGCUUUCAGAAGAUAUACAUCCCGUACAAAGGUCUCACUUGACCACCACUUUAUGUCGGAGUGCUAUCCGCUACAGGGUUUGGUUUCACCAGUAUUCGUGCUGAAGCACGCGCAUUCAAAUGCGACUUUCAUAAAUACGGAGAAAAUGAAGUUGAUGGAACUUGUCAAGAGCUUUGACAUUGGAGUCACGGUGUCGUACUGGAGUCAGUGCGCAAUCAUAGUCAUGAACACGACUCUAAUUAAUGCGAAGGUUGCAGGUUUGUAUGUGGUGAGAAGACACAACAGGUCAAGUCAGUCCAGCAAUUGAAGGGACUUUGUGGAUAUGGUGCUUUUGCAACAUCUUCAGGAGCUUAUCACGACCCAAUUGUGCAUCAGGGGGGACUGUACAACGGAGUUGGCUGUAAUAUACUAGGCUUCUGACAGCUGGUCUGUAUACAGUUAGAGAGUAUUGAAGGUCUUUGAGUAUGUGGUGUCGGGUUAUUUGAGCACUCGGAAAGCAGUGCUUUAUCGAGAUUAGCAAUAUUAAUCCUCUUAUUUGCUUGUUUUCGAAGCCACGUGGGUUAGAAAGUUAUUCGAGAGUUGUUGUUCUGUAGACGUUUAGUUUAGGAUCCGGCCUAUCUCUGUUAGCGAAGGAGAGGUUGCAUACUCCCAUCCUCAAGGGCGCCUCUUGUUGUGUCGUAAGUAUGUCGAGUGUAUUUGUAGUUUAAUCAUAUUAUGCCGCACAUUAGAAUGUUCUUGAGAUGGGAUUCUUACAGCAAGUUUUCUGGUCAUGUGUGUUCUUUGUCUAUGCCCCUUCUGUCAGCUUAAAAAGUUGACGCUAACGUACAGCUUGAGCUUAAAGCUCAACUUCAGUUACGCAUCUGGGUGCUGUUGCUACUUUGCGCAUCAUGAAUACGUUGGUAAUGAUGGCUGCAAGUAAGGAACAAGUCAUGUGUGAGAUCUUGGGCUUGUAGGUUAGGACGAACCAUUCCGUUUCAAUAUCUCUUGGUGUAAAUUCACAUAAACAUUCAAGGCAUAAAGAGAAUAGGAUGAAAUUGAUGUACCUCGUAUCCAGAAAGGCAGGUAUCAGAAAUCACAAUGCAGGUAUUGAUCAACUAUACUAGGACUAUAGGAACUCUGCCAGCACUUCCCUCUCUCUCCGUCUGGGACAAUUUUUACCUCACAUAUCCAAUCAACUGCACCAGUUUCAGUUGAGUAGUUCAAGGAAGGGCUUUGAGUAGCUCGACGUCAUUCGUCGUGCAAGAAUGAGAUAAAGGGAUCAGUUUCCAGCCUGAUGCGUUCAACUCCGCUAAACUGAACUAGGGGGUAACAGAUUCCAACUUCAUGUUCACCAUGUAGAUAACUUGUUUGGCUAUCAGGCUGGACAUUUCAAGGUUUCGAAACCCGACAAUCAGUGUAUAGGCCUAAAUAUUAUUUUGUGAGGGAUGGACUCCUUGUAUAUGCAAUUAUCCCAAACUUAUAAACUUUAGACUGUAUACCG